AUGACUCUCCACCGUCGGAGUCUCCAAUUUGCCAAAAAGUUGGGACGUACUGACCCUCUCGAAACGGGCGUCGUUGUUAGUACAAUCAAUCGCUCAGGCGUUGGACUUGUAACCACCACCGUCCCUGCGUUGAUGUUACAUUCCCAUUCGUCUUCUACGCCGUCCAGUCUGUCGCCGCCAAGUGCUAAUACUCAACUUCCCACGCCGCCUCCGGAGGCGACGACUGAAGAGAUGAACCCUAUGAAGCCGAUGUCGUUGGCGCGCACUCCGGAAGGAAAGGGAGACGAUGCGUGGAACUGGCCGCCGUCCAGGGAACUUUCCUCUGUCGUUCUUUCCUGGUUUCGCUCACUUCAAGCGCGUUUGCCCAUCUCAUUUAGGUUUUUCAAGAGUUUCAACAAUGUAGACCACGUCAUGGCCGCUCCAUGCGGCAAGAAUCGCCUAUCAUAUACCCCUGCUUACCUUCAUGAGCAGCCUACUUCCGCCGUGGACGAGAGCCUCCCGAAGGGAGCUCACCUCUCGCUCUCUCCUCGCUUCCUCGCCCCGCCUCAGCAACAGCAGGAGUCGGAGUCGGAGUCGGAGUCGGAGGGUGACAAGCCCGUCAUCGGAGUCGUAGUUGAGAAGAGGCCGACUUUCUUGAAGAAGCUCAAGGCCAAACUCCUUCGGAGGAUGCGAUCGACCGACCCUCUGAGCGCAGCGCCGGGGUGUAACGGUAUUUCAGCAGCCGCGGGGCGAGGUGCAGCGCAUCAAUGCGGUCGGUAUUAUCGUGACUGUGUGUAUAGGGAGAGUGCGUGUUCGACGUUGUCUGUGGAGCUGAAAGCAUGGGUGUGCAUGGGUGCCGACUUGGGAUUGGUCACUCAAGGAGGUUUCGGCGUGGUGCAACCGUUCCCCUUUGAGCGUUCAUCCCAAGUUGGGUGUUGA